GUCUUGACUGAAUUGAAACUUUAAUUUCAGAGUGGUUCUACAAAUUAAAGAUAUCCUGUGACAUGUAUGACAUGCAUUUGAUAAUUGACCGAAAUCUACAGAAAAAAUACAAAUUCUUAGCAGAAUCUGUAAGACAAAAAGUUUAUCGAGACGAUUCUACAUCAUUUGAAGAAGUUAUUUACUCCAGAAAUGAAGUCAUUAGUCAAGACAGGCGGGGAACCAAAAGGAAGUUUGAAGAUGAUGCCAAGUCAGCCGAAGAAAUGAUUAAUCCCGAAAAAUGUCAAGUCAUUAGUCAAGAAAGGCGGGGAACCAAAAGGAAGUUUGAAGAUGAUGCCAAGUCAGCCGAAGAAAUGAUUAAUCCCGAAAAAUGUCAAGGUCAUUCUACAUUGGACGAAAGCCCGAAGUGUUCGAAGUCAUGCCAAUUAGUAUUUGAAAAAAUGUAUCAGGAAAAGGAUUGUAACAGGUCAGCACCCACUGAUAAAAUCAUGUGUGACCAUCAUGAACUAUGGUAUCGUUUUAUCAUAGCUAGACAUUUACAUUUGUCUCGUGUACUUUACCUACUCAAAAAGGCAAUGCAAUAUCAGUUGCACAAAUUGUCCAAAGCUUUCGGUUGGUGUGUUUUAAGACGAAUAAUCAAGCAGACUAAUAUCUCGCAAUUUUUCGGUCGAGUAAAAGACAUUUGGCCUGGCUUCUUUUGUAGAUGCAAUAAAAAAGGCAGUUCAGCUAUUUGUUCAACAGAACUAGUAAUAGUUGUUGAUGCUGACGAGUAUUUAGAAGAUCUUCCGAGAGAAUACUUUGGCAUUCCAGUCAAACAAAGCGCGUUCUAUCCUACAAUAGCGAAGACAAAUAAGAACAGUGAUAGUUUUACUGAAGAAAUAACUUUUGAAAAAAUGCCAACCAUUUCAGGUGAAAAGGCACAAGAGCUUUUUUUGAAGCACACAAAGUUGACAUUAGUUUAUAUAUUAUUAGUUCAACCGUGCUGCGUUCAGCUUUGUUGCCAGGCUAAGGGUAUUAUUCCUAUAGGUGAAGAACAUUUGCCCAUCGAUGUAUGUAGUAAGAAUACCACAGUUAGGCAAGGAAAUGUGACUUUUGUGCAUAAAAUGUAUGUUGGGUGUCCAGUUGGACCAAAAAAUAAGACAUCAUGGGGAACAUUAGGGGGAUUUGUCCAACAUCGAGGACAAGAUGCAUUUAUAACAUGUUCUCAUGUUGUAUAUGAUAGAAAGGUGCUUUUAUCUGGAAGCAAACGAAACAAACAUAAGGAAGAAGUUCAUGUUAGUUGUUAUCUUAAUGGCAUGGCAGAUGGCUUUGUUUGUGGACAUGUGGUAGAUGAUUUGUUUGAGUAUGACCAGAAAGAAAAAACCAGCAUUGAUGCAGCUCUUGUGGUUCUUGAUAGAAAAACAUCUUCGGUUGACCAAAAAGAAAUUGUACAAAUAAUUGGAAAAGACGAGAAUCAUUCACGAAAGCCAGUUGAGUUUCUAGGUAUGACUUCACCGUAUUUAAAUGACAACUAUAAAUCUCAUAAAAUUGAAAAAGGAGAAAUGAAAGCAAGGCUUGUCGGAGCCAAAAGUGGAUAUUUCGAAAGAAUUAUAAAAUAUGAAGAUUAUGAUGAGGAUAAACAAAAAUUCGUAGAUGGCCUUGAGCACGGUGUGACCCCAUAUUGGGAGGAUCUAGCACAACAAAUAAAAAAGGUCAUAGAAAGUAACCCGAAGCCGUUACAUGUAGCUACUGACGUUCAUUUCCAAACUACAAUUGUUCCAAAGCUUGACGAAAUGAUAAAACACGAUAGACAGUGUGUUCGUUUUUAUAAUCAAUUGCUGAUGGAAAAUUUCCCAUUCGAAAACGGCGAUUCUGGUACAUGCAUUUAUAUAGUUGACGACAAAACAUUUAUGAGGGCAGACAACCAGCCAAAUCCUACAGGAUGCAUUGGCAUGGCAAUAGCUAGUUACAUCGAUAUAAGAGAUAAAAACAUGAAAACAAUCGUUACGCCAAUGAAGGCCAUACUUGAAGCUUUUAGGUUGAUUUAAAAGGAUUUUAUCUAUUCCAUAUAAUUGUUACAUUUUAAUAAGAAGAAAUUGUUGAUUUAUGAAUUUAAUGCCUUUCUGUGAAUUUGGUUGUUCUAUUGAUCAUGAUGACCCUUAACAAACGAACAAUUUCUGUGAGAGCUGACUUACCUUUAAGUUGUAAAUUCAAGCCUAGUUUAUUAUGCCGAAAACUGGAGCUUAUAUAGUAGAUUGAAGUUAUGGUUCAGUGACUUUUUUUUGUCAACGUACAAAUAGAAAUACGAUCAAAAUAUUGUUUAAGUAAAUGUCCUAAAUAUAACAGAAUUCCAGUUGACAAUCAUCAUAUUUAAAAACUGUCCGGAGAAAAUAUUUGAAGUAGGUAUAAAUAUUGAAAAAAACCAAAGGUUUACCUUUCUGAAGAAUAUAAAAGUUAAGCCAUAAUUGUAACACCCCAAAUGUCUAAAAUGUAAGUAAAAAAUCUUUGAGAAUAGACUGAUCACUCUUUUUUAGAAAAUAUUGGACCCCAAAAUAUGUUUAAUUAAAAUUAAACGGAAUAUUUUAAGAAAUAGUGCAAAAUGUCAUGUUUACUAUAUGCAUUUGAACGAUGGGUUUAUAACUUUUAACUAUUAAUGUAAGAACAUAACCAGUCCAUAUUUAAACCUCAAGACAAUAUAGUAGACAAGGAAUUGAUAAGAUUGCAAUGCAAAAGAAAAAAUAUAUAUUUUUGCCGUUUGAAGUAAUAUUUUUCUCUUUUUCCAUAUUUUUUUUUCCAUUUUUGAGACUUGAUAUGUUUUAUCACACUACUAAAUUGUUGUUUUUUAUUUUAAUUCUUUCUAAAUUUAUUGAUGUUUAUGAUGUCACGAUAAAAUGGAAGGGAAUAUCCUCCAUAAUUAUACAUUUCUUAAUUUGCUAAAAUACAAUUUCUUAAUUUGUAAAAUUAAAUUUCUUAAUUUGUAAUAUGUAUUUAUUUCCAUCCGUCACAUGAAUUUCUAAAAUUCUUGAUUUUUGAAAUGUAACUUUUUAAUGUGUAAAUGCAAUUAUUAAUUUGUAAAUGACUUUUUUCGUUCGUUACAUGAAAUUCUACAUUUUUUAAUUUGUGAAAUGAUAUUUCUUUUUUGAUCAAUUAAAUUUCUACAUUCUAAA